ACAUGUCGUCGCUCGACGAUUCGGAUGGAGGCGCGCCGCGCAAGCGCGCAAAGGGCGAGAAGAAGGAGAAGGGCAAGGCGAAGGCAAAGGGCGCGAAGCAUGAGAGCGAGCUGAAGCGACUGCAGUCCUACGUCAAUGCCUGCGGUGCGUUCUCAUCGCCGCCGUCUCCUUUUCGGCAGACGCUGAUGCAGGCAUGUCGGUCUCAGGCUCGCGGCGUCAGUGGAAGCGUCUCUAUGCCGCAGAGGGCAUCGCCGAGGACGAUGAGAAGGCUCAAUGCGCCCUUGUGCGCCGCGUGCUGGACGACCUAGGCAUGCCUUCGCGCUGCUCCAUGAAAGAAGCCAAGCGAAUCCGGGAGGAGCGCGAGUUCAAGAUGGAGGUGGAGGAGAUUCAGGACUCGACGCUGUUGGCGCAGGGCAACGCGCGCAGCUCACGCUCCAAGACUUCGACGCGCAAGAAGGAAGAGCGCGAGCACGACGACAGCGAGAGCGACGAGGGCGUGAGCCGGCCCAAGAAGAAACGCGCAGUGGUCGAUGACCUGGCCGCGUUCGCAGCGGAGCUCAACUCGGAAUGAUGCGCCUGCAGCAGCUAUCGUCUGUGACUCGACAGCAUCACCAACCACACGUCACCGCACUUGUCCUCGCCCGUACGUCACGCAGCGCUCCUCACUCUUCACCAGCAUGUCACUCUUCGUUGGGUAUCCUGCCUCGUUUCAAUCGGGCAUGC